AACGAGUGCGAAAGUCAAGUUAACGAGGUGCCUCGAAGGCAACACACGUGCAUCGACGACGAGCUAGCUUUCCUUCCCCGAGGAAACCUGAAGUCUCCUGCGUGGUUAUGUUUGAGGACACCGCGCUUUGACGUGGGCAUAUUGGAUAAGGAGAACAAUGGCGCCUCCGGCCACGUUUUGUCAACAUAUUCUCCGAACCUGCUUGCUUCCCAGCCGAACGGCGGCCCUAUUAGGCGGUUUGCAACUUAGUUGCGGCGUCCAGAGAGCCCUGUGCACCGGAAGUGACGAAGUACUACUGGCGGCAAAGGCCAGUAAGAAAUAUGGCCGCCCGGCUGCCACUAUCUUCUCCAAAGUGAUUGACAAAAGCCUCCCUGCAGAUAUCAUAUACGAGGACGACAAGUGUCUGGCUUUUCGAGACAUCAGUCCGCAGGCUCCGGUUCAUUUCCUGGUUAUCCCAAAGAUGCUCAUUCCCAGUUUAAGUCAAGCCAAAGAUGACGACGCUGAGCUCCUGGGCCAUUUACUGGUCGUGGCCAAAAAGGUGGCGAAGCAGGAAGCGCUCGCAGAAGGUUAUCGAGUGGUCAUCAACGAUGGCAAACACGGCGCUCAGUCCGUCUACCAUCUUCACCUUCACGUGUUGGGAGGCAGACAGAUGAAGUGGCCUCCGGGAUGAAUGCACGCAUGCAUGAAGACACCAAGGCUUGCAUGUAUUACAACUACCUGUUGACAACAUGCAAUGUGAGUACAUUUCCUCUACUUGUAUCAGCAAAACGGCAAAAAUAAAGAUUCACAAAAUGUUGA